AUGACAAUGAUAACUUUACCAAAGCUCAGGCCUUCAAUUUCACAAGUAGAAACACUCUUAUCUCAACCAAGUCCAAAGCCUAGGCAAAUCGAAAAUGAAUUAAAUCGAAUAUCUCCCAAAAUUAUCGAAUUAACGAAUCUGAUUGAUAAACUUUUUUCUCAAAUACCAAGCAAUAUUAGCGAUGAAUUCGAAGAAAUGAAAACUCAAAUAGAACUUGCUAAAAAACGCGGCAAAUAUACUGAUGAAAGAGAAUAUAUUGAUUCUGAAAGACUUAGAACUAAAGGAAAAUUUGAAAUAUCGGUUGCUUUAGAGAAAGAAAACAUCGAAAAAGAUGUUGAAUUUAGAUUAAAUCAAGUUAUCUAUGAUGCACAACAAAAGUCUCUUGAAAUACCAGAAAACAAGGAUGCAAAUAGAUAUAACAGUAUGAAGCAGCAAAUUGCUCAGUACAUUCUUCAGAUUAACUCAAAAAUUAAUAAUUUAGAACUAAAAAUGUCCGGAACUACUUUAAACGAGUCUAAAAUACCUUAUUGGCAAAUCAUAUCUGAUACUGAAGUUAAAUCUAUUGAUGUUAAAAACUCAAUUAGUAUGUUUGAAACGUUUAUGAAUGAAAUUGAAGAUGGACUGAAAAGAAUACAAAAACUAGAAGCAUUGCCAGUUAUAGAAUCUACUGAAUCGCAUGAAGAUGUAUAUAUGCUACCAAAUUUGAAUCCAAAAUUGGAUAAUAUUAAUUCUAUUAUUGACGAACAAAGUGCAGAGCAUGAUAAAAUGUUAUUUGAAGUAGAAAGUAAGCUAAUGUCCUACGAAAAUCGUAUUAAAUCUUUAGAAGAUGAAUCAUCAGAAAUUUUGCAAAGUUUAUCAUCAAUAGCUGAUAAAACUGCUGAACAACAAAAGAGUUUGAAUAGUUUAGACUCACUUAUUGAAGAAAUUACUAAAUCAAUGCAUAAUAAUAUUCAAGCUCUUCAAAUCAAGUCAACAUAUGAUAAUUUCUCCACAAAGAUUAAAUCAAUAGAAUCAGAAAUAGAAGAUAUGUCUCUUAAAUUAAAGCGAGUAUCACUUGAAUUACCAUUAAUUUCAAAUGACAAUUCAACAUGA